GGUACAGCGCAGGCAGUGGGCGCGGACGUCGGCGCGGGCACGUGAAAACUCACAGCGGCGUCCUUCCGUCAGCGCGGAAGGUCAAGAAGCGCUCAGCAGUCCUCUCCGAACGGAUCGGUAACCGGGACAGAAUCGCUCCUCAGAAAUGAGUUCCUCGGGGCUGGAGAAGCUGCGGAUGACGGGCGCGGGCACGGCCAUCGCCGCGCUCACGAGCGGAGGAGACGCGCAAGGCAUGAACGCGGCGAUCCGCGCCGUGACCCGGAUGGGCAUCUACGUGGGCGCCAAGGUCUACCUGGUUUAUGAGGGUUAUCAGGGGCUGGUGGACGGAGGAGACAACAUUAAACUGGCCAACUGGCAAAGCGUCACCAAUAUAAUCCAGCUGGGAGGGACGGUGAUCGGCAGCGCUCGCUGUAAGGCCUUCACCACCAGAGAGGGCCGCCUGGCCGCCGCCUUCAACCUGGUGACCCGCGGCAUCUCCAACCUGUGUGUGUGCGGCGGAGACGGCAGCCUCACCGGAGCCAACGUCUUCCGCUCCGAGUGGAGCCAGCUCCUCCAAGAGCUGCUGAAGAAAGGUCGGAUCACGGCAGAAACGGCCAAGAAGCACGGACACCUGAACAUCGUGGGUCUGGUGGGGUCCAUCGACAAUGAUUUCUGUGGGACAGACAUGACCAUCGGCGCCGAUUCGGCCCUCAACCGCAUCACAGAGAUCAUCGACGCCAUCACCACCACAGCCACCAGUCAUCAGCGCACGUUCGUGCUGGAGGUCAUGGGUCGUCACUGCGGGUAUCUGGCUCUGGUUUCAGCUCUGGCGUCUGGAGCCGACUGGCUCUUCAUCCCUGAAGCUCCUCCCGAGGACGGCUGGGAAGAGCUCAUGUGUGCUCGGCUGGGAGAGAGCCGCAGCAAAGGGUCCAGACUGAACAUCAUCAUCAUCGCUGAAGGAGCCAUCAACAGAAGCGGUCAGCCCAUCACCUCCAGCUACAUCAAAGAUCUGGUGGUGGCGCGGCUGGGAUAUGACACGCGGGUCACCGUUCUGGGUCACGUUCAGCGGGGCCGGACGCCGUCGGCCUUCGACCGAGUGCUGAGCAGUAAGAUGGGCGUGGAGGCCGUGGUGGCUCUGCUGGAGGCGGGGCCAGACACUCCCGCCUGCGUGAUCGGCCUAUCAGGAAACCAGGCUGUGCGUCUCCCGCUGAUAGAGGCCGUGGAGAUCACUCGAGAGGUUCAGAGGGCCAUGAAUGAAAAGCGUUUUGAGGAGGCCAUCCAGCUGCGGGGCAGGAGUUUUGAGAACAACUGGAGCAUUUAUAAGCUGCUGGCCUAUCAGAAGCCUGCUGCGGUCCCGAGCCAGUACUCCAUGGCUAUCCUGAAUGUCGGGGCCCCGGCGGCGGGCAUGAACGCUGCGGUGCGGUCAGCGGUGAGGGUCGGCCUGGCCUCAGGACACCGGGUUUACAUCGUCAGCGACGGCUUCGAGGGGCUGGCCAACGGCGCGGUGAAUGAAGUGUCGUGGAAUCAGGUGGCCGGCUGGACGGGUCAGGGCCGCUCUCUCCUGGGAACUAAACGGACCCUCCCGAGCACCUGCAUGGAGAAACUAGUGGCGAGUCUCGUCGCGUUCGGCAUCCAGUCGCUGCUCGUCGUCGGUGGUUUUGAGGCGUUCGAGGGCGUCCUGGAGCUGGUUGAAGCCAGAGGACGGUAUGAUGAGUUAUGUAUUCCCAUGUGCAUCAUUCCUGCCACCAUCAGCAACAACGUGCCGGGAACGGACUUCAGUCUGGGCAGCGAUACCGCCGUUAAUGCAGCGAUGGCCAGCUGCGAUAAGAUCAAGCAGUCGGCCACAGGGACCAAGAGGAGGGUCUUUGUGGUGGAGACCAUGGGGGGAUACUGCGGUUAUCUGGCAACCACCACAGGCAUCGCUGUUGGUGCGGACGCUGCUUAUAUUUUUGAAGAAUCGUUCAACAUUCACGACCUCAAGACCAAUGUGGAGCAUUUGACGGAGAAAAUGAAGAAAGACAUUCAGAGAGGUCUGGUGCUCAGGAAUGAGAAGUGUCACGAGCACUACACCACCGAUUUCAUCCACAAGCUGUACUCUGCUGAGGGCAGAGGCGUCUUCGACUGCAGGGUGAAUGUCCUGGGACACCUGCAGCAGGGUGGAGUGCCGACGCCGUUUGACAGAAACUAUGGCACUAAACUGGGCGUCCGAGCCGUGCAGUGGCUGACGGAGAAGAUGACCGACGGUUUAAGACAAGGUCGUGUGUUUGUGAACACCCCUGACACGGCCUGUGUGGUCGGCCUCUAUAAGAAGGUUCUGACCUUCAGUCCGGUCACGGAGCUGAAGGAGCUGACGGACUUUCAACACCGGAUGCCCAAGACGCAGUGGUGGCUGAAUCUCAGACUGAUGCUGAAGAUGUUGGCCAAAUAUCAGACGUCCUUCAACGAGUACGUGACGGGAGAGAUCGAGCAUGUGACCCGGCGUUCUCUCAGCAUAGACACCGGCCUUUAGACCCGCACUCCAGCGGUGCCCUCCAUCAUUAAAACGGGUAAACGCCUGAUCCUUUAAUGAGUAAAAGAGGCUAAGACUCCAGAAUUGUGCCUAAACCUGUUGCAUUAGGCCUGUAUUUACACUCCUGUUAUAAUCAACACAAGUCAUUCCUAAUAAGAUGAUAUCAUUUUGUUUACGAAUCUCACUGUUCGUUUAAUUUGUUAUGUAUUUGGACCAUUUCGUCAAAUCUAGUUUGCGAUGUUUCUAUUAAAAUCUUUCUAUCCGUAUUUAGAUUCUGAGAUUCAGUUUGGAAUUACGAUUUUUACACGUUUUGAAAAAGGUCUCUUCUGUUCACCAAGGCUGCAUUUAAUUGAUGAAAAAAUAUUUUUCGAUUUUAAACGAAAUACGCAUGUUAAAAUAUCAUUUACUUCAGUGUCACAUGAUUCUUCAGAAAUCAUUCUAAUAUAGCGAUUUGCUGCUCCGUAAACAUUUCUGAUUAUCGAAAUAGCGUUGAAAACAUUUGUGCUAACUUUGUGUCUUUCCUAUCGUUUUAAAAUAAAAGUAUCCACGUUAUUCUUUUUUCUACCUUACCCCAAUUCUUUUUAAUGGUAGUGAAUCACGGUUUUCAUUAAAAAAAAAAACAUGCAUGAAGCAUUACAACUGUUUUUGGCAUUAAUCAAAAGAUAAAUGUUUCUCAAGCAGCAAAUCAGCAUAUUGCAAAGAUUUGUGAGGGAUCGUGCGACGCAAAGGACUGAAGCAAUGAUCACAGGAAUAAAUGACAAUAAAUACAUUUUAAGUUGAAAUACUGUUUUACCAUUUUACCGUAUUUCUAAUUAAAUAAAUAAAGCCUAGGUGAGCAGAAAAAUCUUGUUUUAUUUUAUUAUUCUCUGUAUAACUUAGCUGCCAAUGUUUACACAAGUGUAGCAAUAUCAGCAUGUAACGUUAUACUGCUGGUCCAAAACAACUAAUCAAUGGUGCAAUGAAAACACUGUUAUACUUUAUGCUGCUGUUUGUAGAUAAUUCAACAAGUUCCUACAGAAUGUUAUACUCUGACAAAUCUCUAUUCCAGCAGCUUCCCAUGAGGGAAACGGUUCGAUGUAUUGUGAUGAAGCGUUGGAUUGUUAGAUGUAUUUUGUGGUUGUGAGCUUCAGUAAUGUGACCGCUGUAUUGUGUGCCUAUGCAGUGUGAUGAUUGUGAAGUGCUGCGUGUUUUACAUCUCCAGUAUUUAUAUGGAAGCCUGAAAGAUAUUGAACUGUCUGGAAAAUAAUGUCACAAUGCAAUAAUUGUAGCUUUUUGUAUUUUUCUUCUUUGGGGUGAAAUAUGGCCCGGUGGGGCCAGCUGCAUAAACUACUUAGACCGAUCAUUUUCUCCGAGAACGGUUGUAAUAUUAAGGCAUUUGCGUAAACAUUGGUCUAACUUGAGUCUGAAAAGUAAAUCAUGUUAUAGCUUGGCUAACUACUACUUAAAAUACUGUUUUGGCAACUUUCCACCCGUCGCAUAUGGACCUUUUGACACUGUAUUACCGUAAACAGCUCUGAGAUUGUUGUUGCUGACCAAGUAUCCAGUAGGGUAUUCACUUAGUGUUUCUGUCUAAGAAUGUAAGCCAUAAAAAAACUACAGUACAUGUAAAAUGAAUGUAAUGGUGUGGCUAAAUGUCAUAUUAAAAGGACCGUCGUGUCAUUUAAAAAAAUAUAUACGUAUAUUAUAAUAAAAAAAAAAUCUAUAUUUAAAAAUA